GUUAAGAAUAAUAAUGAGUACAGUUCAAAUGAAACAACAUAUAAACUUAUUAAGAAAAGCAGUAGGUGAAAUAAAGGAUAGUACAUAAGAGAGAAUAACUUAAAUAUCAACAGAGGUUUAAUUUAAUCCUCAAGAUAAUAAAGAAUUUAAUGAUUUACUUAACGAAAUUAAGUAAGACACAUUGAGAAGAUUGCACGCUUUCUAUGAAUUAAAAGUUAAUAAUAAGACUAAUGUUUAUUAAUAAGAGUUAUCAAAUUGUUCAACUAAUUAUUCAGAAAUAUAACAAUAAGUUUUAGAAUAGUAGGAAAUAGUUAAAGAAAAAAUUAAUUAGAAUUUGUAGAAGGUAAAAUAUAUAAUAAAAGUAGAGAGAACAAUUUGAUAAAUUGGCAAUAAGAAUGGUUUUAAAUUAUGAGAGACUAAAAUUAUAUAAAAAAUAUUUCAAAUCAUUAAAAUAAUAUGCAACAAGAAAGAGAAAAAAUAGAUAAGCUAAAUUUGAUGCUUAUUAAAAAUAUUAGUUAGGAUUAUAAACAAAGGUAUUUUAUUAUUGGAGAAGUACAUGCCAUAAAACUGGAUAUUAAACUAUGCUGAUUACUUAAGCUGCAAAAGAAAUUAAAAAUAUUUAAUCAUGUAAUUAUUUUUUAUCUAAUUUAGAAUUUAUUGAUAUUGUUAAGAUUUUAAAAGCUAAAAUAGCUGAAACUGAUGAAUAAAUUUAAAUUAAGAAAAAUGCUAAAGCUGAGUUUUCAUACAAUUUGAGUAGAAAUCUUCUUAAAACCAUAAGUAAUUUGUCUAUGGAAGUUAUGUCUCUUCAUUAAGUUACUAUAAAAGGUAUAAUAUAUAAAUUAAAAUUAGAUAAUUAGAUUAAUAAUGAUGAAAAUACUAAAUUUUUAAAGGAAGUUAAUGGUUUAAUUCAAACUAAAUUAAAUAGCAUUCAAUAAUUUAAAGAAAAACUAAAAUCAGCCGAAGAACCAGUCUCAGAAACACAAAAAAAAAAUAAGCAGUCCAUUUAAUUUGAUCUUUAAAAUUAGUCAAAAAAAUGA